AUGGCGGUCUCAUUUACGUUUUCGUACAAUACCAACUCGGGCUUUUCGGGUUCCCUGGUGGUCGCUAGAUUGCCGAGAAUGGUGCUCUCAACGUUGGGCUUCUCGGCCAACGUGCAUCGCUUAACUGGGUUCAAGGAAACAACCAUGCAUCUGGCGGUGACCCUUCGCGCGUCACGACUUGGGGAGGAAUUCCGGGAUUUCAGCAUCAACUUUCCGACGUGUUACAGGCUAUCACAAGCGUUUGAUUACAACAGGAAUUCUUCGGCUAUUUUCAAGGUUACCUUCGACGCUGGAAGCGAGCUUUACGGUGUCACGAUGCUCUUGCUCGUGAAUGACGAUAUUGACUGGACUGGUGCUUGCAACCGCAUGUUGGCCAAGGACAUGGCGGGUUACUGA